CAGGGCAACUGUACUCUGGCAAGGCGCUCCCUGUCUGGUGUGGCUGGCAGCCAGGGACUGGCCUACAUCGACAGCAGGAAGCUCAUAGUAAAUAGCUCCAGUGUCUUCACUGUCCGUUACUUCAGAACCACAGCAGUACAUAGGGAUGACGUGAUUACGGUGAACACCCCAGCUUUUGCAGAGUCAGUCACAGAAGGAGAUGUCAGGUGGGAGAAAGCUGUUGGAGACACAGUGGCGGAAGAUGAAGUGGUGUGUGAGAUUGAAACAGACAAGACAUCAGUGCAAGUUCCAGCCCCAGCAGCUGGUGUGAUUGAAGCCCUUUUGGUACCUGAUGGUGGCAAAGUGGAAGGAGGGACACCUCUGUUCAAACUCAGGAAAACUGGAGCUGCUCCUGCCAAGGCCAAACCAGCAGCAGCCCCUCCUCCUCCUCCUGCAGCACCUGAACCUGUAGCUGCAGCUCCUCCUUCUCCUGCUGCAGCACCAAUUCCCACUGCAAUGCCACCAGUGCCACCUGUGUCAGCUCAGCCCAUUGACAGCAAACCAGUGUCUGCAGUGAAGCCGGCUGCAGCUCCAGUGGCAGCCCCUCCUGGGGAGGCAGUGCCCAGCAAAGGUGCCAGAUCUGAGCAUAGGGUGAAAAUGAAUAGGAUGCGUCAGCGUAUCGCCCAGCGGCUGAAGGAGGCUCAGAACACUUGUGCCAUGCUGACCACUUUCAAUGAGAUCGAUAUGAGCAACAUCCGGGAGAUGAGAGCUGUACACAAGGAUCCUUUCCUGAAAAAGCACAACCUGAAAUUAGGUUUCAUGUCAGCUUUUGUGAAAGCUUCAGCUUUUGCUCUGCAGGACCAGCCUGUUGUGAAUGCAGUAAUUGAUGACACGACCAAAGAGAUUGUGUACAGGGACUAUGUGGACAUCAGUGUAGCUGUAGCAACUCCCCGGGGUCUUGUGGUCCCUGUUGUUAGGAAUGUAGAAAAUAUGAACUUUGCUGACAUAGAGCGAGCUAUCUAUGAGUUGGGGGAAAAGGCACGGAAGAACGAACUGGCUAUCGAAGACAUGGAUGGUGGCACUUUCACAAUCAGCAAUGGAGGGGUUUUUGGGUCACUCUUUGGGACACCUAUCAUCAACCCACCGCAGUCUGCUAUCUUAGGCAUGCAUGCCAUCUUUGACAGGCCUGUGGCUGUGGGAGGCAAGAUCGAGAUCCGGCCCAUGAUGUACGUGGCACUGACCUACGAUCACCGGCUGAUUGAUGGCAGAGAGGCAGUGACUUUCCUGCGCAAGAUCAAGGCAGCGGUGGAGGAUCCCCGCGUGCUGCUGCUCGACCUGUAG